AACAGAAACUUUAACAGCCUUUCCUUUCUGUCUUCUUUCCCCUCAGAUCUCCUCUUAAGGAGAGGUCAGCAGAUCGUGUGUGAGAAAUAAAUGAGGGGCGGGGCAGGGGAGGAGGUAGCAGCAACACCACUGAGGGCACGCAGACUCCCUCUCUGAUUGACGAGGAUUAAGAAACAUAUUUUGCUUUAUAGCAAAAACAAGAGUCUCCUGAUCAAAACAGAGUACGAGAAAAAAAAAAAACUUUUAAUGGAGUCCCGGUAGAGGCAUCAAGAUGAACGCGUUACCAUCGAUGGACCGGCACAUUCAGCAGACCAACGACAGGCUGCAGUGCAUCAAACAGCACUUACAGAACCCGGCCAACUUCCACUCAGCUGCCACGGAGCUGCUGGACUGGUGCGGAGAUCCCCGGGCCUUCCAGCGACCUUUCGAACAAAGUCUCAUGGGAUGUCUGACGGUGGUGAGUCGUGUCGCUGCUCAGCAGGGGUUUGACUUGGACCUGGGCUACAGGUUGCUGGCUGUGUGUGCUGCCAACCGGGACAAAUUCACUCCCAAGUCUGCAG